AUGGACAGGACAGGAACUGAACAAGGAAGUGAAGCCCCAUCUCUCUUGUCGGUCCCCCAGGCGAGCUCCUAUCCCCGGUCCACCAGGCGGAAGACGCAUACAUCGGAGUACAUGGCUUUUGAAGCUGUCCGCGAUUGCGUAAACAAAGCUCUCCUGAAGUUCAAGUCCCUCUUCGUUCUGGCCGUCUCCCUUGUCAUGGCCAACGCCGACUACAUUGUCGGAAACUGCGGUGACGCCAGCGGUACCGCCCUCGCCGCUACUGAGAAGGCCUGCUCUGUUGUCAACGGCCAGUACUGUGGCGCUGCUACCGGUGUCGGCCGCUGUGUUGUUGAUAAGGCCGAAUGGGCCAGCUUCCAGCAGGGCUGCCCCGACAAGACCUUCCAGAGACCCGGUUCCUACGACAAGAGCACCGCUGAGAAGAUCGCUCUCUGCUAA